UUGUGAUUUGUCUGGCUUUGCCUCUUGGGAUGUACAAACUUGCUGUAGCUGAUCUGCGCGUCUGAUUCGCUGCAUCUGAAUCUGCUCCCACAAUUCAACAGGCAACAAAGGAAGAAAGGAAGAGGCCGUAAGCUACAAAGUGUUAGCCAACCUGGGGCAGAAAGAUGUCACCUUAUUGUGUCAUUCUAGUCGGCAACAUAAACCCGCACAUUUAGAGAAGAGUCAAAUCCAUAGUAAGAGACCCUUUGUACUUUCGUUCGGGCACGGAAGCUGACGAAAGGGAAGCAUCAAAUGAAAAGUGGUGGAAGAGGAACUUGACCCAUCCAACUGAGUCACCAUUUUCCUGCACAUAAUGGGUAUGAUGGCUCCACUGUUUGCAUGACUUGUUUGGUGUGGCCUGAUGGGAGGACACUGUGGAUAGUACUUUCAUCGGGAUACCUGGGAAGGCAUCCCAUGCCCCCACUUUGGAGGGCCUGUCAGAAUGAAGAAGAUAAGCCUUAAGACCAUCCGCAAGUCCCUCAGCAUAAAGGGCAAAGAGGAGGGUGACUUUGUCAUGCUCCAGCAGCCCUCAGUGACGACUGAGUUUUCGAAGGACGAGUCACUUUUUGGGGGCUGCUACACCAAAGAGCUUUCCGGCUGUGACAUCGGUGGUGAGGAGGACAAAGGGGGCCAGAAUAAGGGGCGCUCAAAGAGUGAGGGCCUGAUGGGAUCACUGAAGAGGAGGCUGUCUGCCAAGCAGAAGGCAAAAGUGAAAGGCAGCUCUUCGGCCAUAGGCUCAGCGGAUGAUGACGACACCUUCUCAUCCUCGUCUGUGCCCAUCAGCUUCAAUGAGGUGAAAGCCCAGAGACCACUUAGAUCUUCAUCCCUACGUAGUCACCAUUACAGCCCCUCGCCAUGGCCUCUUCGUCCCGUUAACUCUGAUGAAGCAUGUAUCAAGAUGGAAGUAAAAGUUAAAGCCAUGGUUCACUCCCCGAGCCCCAGUCCCAACUUAAACGGUGUCCGGAAAGAAUUUCAUGAUUUCCAGAUGGAAGGGCUCUUUCAAGACCAAGCAGAAUCCUUAAAGAAUCUCCAGCAGCCACAGAACGGUGAGCUGCAUCUAAAUAUAGAUGAAAAUGAUGUGCCUGACGUGCUGGGGUUGACUCCCCAGGACUACAUCCAGUACACAAUGCCUUUAGAUGAGGGAAUGUAUCCAGAAGGGUCCCACUCCUGCUGCUUGGACAGCUCCUCUCCCAUGGAGGUGGGUACAGAAGCAGACAAUGCAUCCCUUCACACUGACCAGGGACAGGAGGAGCAUGAACUGGUUAGUGGGCUGCCUCCAGAUCUCUUCAUGGAAACCUCAGUUAAUAGUCUUCUCAUCGGUUCCGCUGGUCUGAUGCUCCAAAGCUCGAGAGUGGAGGUCCCACCUCCGCUCUCUCCUCUCCUGCCGCCCAUAACAAGUAACGGUAAUUCGUUACUAAUUCCCAGGACUUUUUCAGGGUUCAGUUCUUCAGACAGCCAGGUAGCCGAGAGAGUAAGACACCACCUCAACUUUGACCCAAAUUCAGCUCCUGGGGUUAGUCGAGUGUACGACUCGGUCCAGAGCAGUGGGCCCAUGGUUGUUACCAGUCUGACGGAGGAGCUGAAGAAGCUGGCGAGGCAGGGCUGGUACUGGGGCCCCAUCACACGCUGGGAGGCGGAGGAGAAGCUGGUCAACUUGGCGGACGGCUCAUUCCUUGUGAGAGACAGCUCAGAUGACAGGUACCUGCUCAGUCUGAGUUUCAGGUCACAGAACAAAACCCUGCACACCCGCAUUGAACACUCCAACGGACGCUUCAGCUUCUAUGAGCAGCCUGACGUGGAGGGGCACACAUCCAUCGUCGACUUAAUCGAACAUUCUAUCAAAGACUCCGAGAAUGGAGCUUUUUGCUAUUCCAGGUCUCGGUUACCAGGGUCUGCAACUUAUCCUGUCAGACUAACCAACCCAGUGUCUCGGUUUAUGCAAGUGCGCUCCCUGCAGUACCUUUGUCGCUUUGUCAUCAGACAAUACACAAGGAUAGACCUGAUCCAGAAACUGCCCUUGCCUAACAAGAUGAAAGAUUAUCUGCAGGAGAAGCACUACUGAGGACCCAGAGAUAAGGCAGUGGUAGCAAUUUGCACUUUUGUGUUCAGUUAAGAGAUUUAAACAAGGUUUACAGAUAACCACAGUUUGGAGAUGUUAGCUUCCGGUGGCUCUUGAUUUGUGUCCAGGUGACUCUGUCACUGUUCAGUCCUCCAUUCCACUGUUCUGGGUGUUUUUUUUUUUUUUUUUUUUGCUCGAUGAUUAUAGUAGGCUCCACUUCCAGAAACAUUGUCCAGUACAUAGCUUCUGCAAAAACAAAGCAGACGUAUAUAGCCAAGUUAGUGUAGCAUACAUCAAGUUCAGAAUUUAGAAUUGGUUUGUGAUGUAUGGUGAAAUGUAAACAUCCAGGUCUGCAAUAAGAGCAGAUUUAAUGAUAAAAAAACUCAAUUUUGGGCCUAAAAAAAAAUCAAAAUUCUACUCUGAAUUUGAAAUUCCAUUGAAUUUGUAUCCACUAAAUUGUAUGUUUCAAAGAUGAGGUUUAAGUUUUGAGAAGUAUUGAUGCAAUGAAGUAUUUAUAUCUGAUUUCCAGAAUUCUGCAGACUGACUGACCAAUUUUGAUCAUCUUUUGCUCUUAUUACUUGUCAAAUUGUGCGUUGUAACCAUCUUUUUAAGAACGGUCAGAUUGCAAGUGAGAACUUCAUUCUGAAUUUAUACUAUGCAAUCACAAGAUAUAUUAAUAGCAAGGCUAGGCUUCAUCUUAUAACAAGUAGUGAUCGGUAACUCGUGUUUUUCAUGUUUACAAAAUUUUCCACUAAUUGGCAUACAGGAUCUUCCUCAAGGAUUAUUUGCAUCUGCCUUGACAUCAACCAAAUAACAGUUAAAAAUGAAUGUGCUUCAGUAGAUUGGGCCAGUUAGUUUUGAUUUUAACAUUCAGGUCUAUUUUCUUACAAACUCUUUCUCUUUGAAGUUUUGAGGGUUUUCCAAAUCCAAAACAUUAACAACAUUUUGUUGCAAAAGAUGUUCAAAAUGUGCCAGUUUGUGGGAAGGUUUGGACGCUUUGGUCAGAGGUAGAAGAAUAGCCUUAAAUUAUGUGGCUGCACGUAGCCAUUAUAUAUCAUGCAAGCCUAUAGGUACUUACAAUGCUGGAUUUUAAUGUGCUGUUUGUUGAAACAGCAUCACAUUGAUGUAUACACCUCUUUGGAAUAUGUAAAAUCUUUCUGCAUUAGGAAUGUUACAAAAACUGCACUGCAGCUCAGGCCUAACAACGUUUUCACUAUCUGUAAUGCUUGUAUCUGCAUGUAGUAAAGGCUUUAAGACUGUCAUUUAAAGGCACUGUAGAGUUACUCUUGAUGAGAGAAGAUGUCACUGUAAAAAGAUUGAACGAUUUUGGCUGUGUUGUUCAAGCGCAACUGAGUAAAAGGCUGUUUAAUGCACAAUUGCAUUUACCUUAGGCAGUUUAUAACAAAAGAAAAUGAACUUUAACUGAUAAAACAGAACUCAAGUCAAUUGAUUCCUAUUUAUAUUUGUAAAAGUGGCUGAUGUCUAGUCUAUUAAUGCGAGCAACGAGCUGGAGCCAGAUCAAAGAAUCCCAAAAAUGGUGUGAGCUUUGGUAAAAGGACUUGGGCAAAGCCAGGGUUAAGUCCUCUUUGCCAUCUUGGAGUGAUGCCAGGGUUUCAGGAUAUGACAAAAAGUUCCAUCACAGCUGCUGCAUGGCUGCAUCAUCAGUGUCAUGGGUUUCAAGGACAUUUUAAGAAACAUAAAAGCAUACAGUUUUUUUUUUUUGUUUACCAUUGCUUAUCACACUGUCCCCACAGAGCUGCACUGCCCCUCAGAUUGUCUCGACAUGGCUGUAUGUGCCAGAGUAAAGGGAAGAGCACACAGUAUGCUACGCAAGUGCUUUAUAUGGAUACAAUGACAGGGAAUUGUGUUUUUCACCUUAUGAAUGAGCAUCUUUUUUGACAUCAGUGUCCUUAAAAGUAUUUGGGAAAUGGGCUCUCAGACAAGUUUGGUAGGUUGUUAGCGAAUAGUUCUAGUUUUAGUGAGCAGGAUGUGUCUGCGUCUGAGGAAGUUACCAUGAAUCUAGCACAGCAAAAAAUUAGAUAGGAACUUUGAACGGUGUUGCAUGUUUAAAGACUUAGCAUUUAAAAAGCUUUGAGUUGUAUAGGAAUGAAGGAUCUAGGUUGUGUGUGUUUGGCUGUGUAGAGGGAUGUUUUCUUUUCUGUCACAAAACAUUGGCUGGACAUUCUGUUUCAAGAGAUGUAUUUUUUCCUUUUAAAAUCCUGAUGUGAGUUUUUUUUUUUUUUGUGACAUUUUCCAUCUGGGGAAUGGGGCUGUACAAAAAGGAAUGUACGCUUGUUUGAGGUUUCCAUUUUAUCUGCCUGAAGAACAGUUUCAGAAAGCAUGAGAAUUAUAAAAAAAAAAAUACAUUGACACCUUUUUGCACUUGAAUAUUCUCAUCAUUUGACAUGCUUGGAUCUUCUCCAGUCUAGAGUUGUCCUUCAGAUGGCCUUUUUAAAAAAAAAAAAAAAAGAAAGAAAUCGAGUCACACAUUCGUCCUUAUGUAUUCAUUCAGCUGUUUCAAUUAACUGGUAUUGUUUGUGUCAUAUCUGUGGGAUAUAAAGGGUAAGGCACCAGCAUCAAAUAUCAAAGCCUCUGUUUAUGCUCUCGGCUGUCAAGGAAUGGGAUCAUGUCAAGAAUGUGGAUAUGAAUUUACUUUUGGGUGUGUGUGUGUGUGUGUGUAUGCUUUUCAGUUGAAAUGUGAAAGUAAAAUUAUAGUCUGAUUUAAUACAACUGUAUUUGCAUUUUAGUUUGCCAUUUGUCGUCCUAAUUUGACAAGCAGGAACCAGUUUCAUAUGGUGUUGCUGCUAGGAUGUUUCUAAAUACUCAUUUAGUUUAUUAUUUAGCAUUAUUGCUUUCAAAUGUUUGAUUCCAGAGGUUGAAGCUUGUUGGGACUGCUGAAGCGUUUUGCAUUAACAGCUGUUAAGCACUUAACAAGCUCUAACAUGGUCUUUUUGUGCAUCUCGGUGAGUGAAGGUGAUUGUUUACAUUAUGUCUGGAAAUGCCCCUCCCCCCCUUUUCCCCCCCCUCCUUGUUUCCCCUCUCACAUGAACAUCUUGGUACCAUUUUGAAUCUCUCUUUUUAUUUCAUUUUAAUGUGUUUUACACAUUUGUGCUGCUCAUGGAUAUGAUUGCCUUUCUUGUAUUUAACAAUGGGGAAAUAGAAUGUCACCAAUGCAGAUGUAUGUACACAUAAUGGCUUUGGUUAUCAUCUUGGGAGAGCAAAGCAGAUUUUUGCAAUUUGUUAACAACUGUAGUCGGUUAAAAGAGCAUUAGAAGCUAUUAGUAAACCCUCAGUAGAAUAACCGGUUCACUCCAGUUUACAUUGGUUGUCAACUUUCCAAAGUAGAUGGUCUUUUUGUAUUUUUCUUUUGGGAAAAAAAUCAACAGUGAUUUUAUUGCACACUUUGGAUACAGUUCAAGAGUUUUUUGUAUCUGCCAAUAAUAAAUUAUAAAUAAACUAUAUUCUAAAAAAUAAAA